GCGUCAUUUUGUCCUCUGCCACACGGUCUGAGAAAAAGAGGAAGCAGGGUUGAGAUCCUGUGGCUCGCUGCUGGCUCUCUGCACUGAGGACCAAGUUGUCACACACAACAGUCACACCGGAAGGAUUAUUUCAACACAUCUUUGUCUCAUUUCUGUGCACAGAAAGGAUUUAAUCCCACCGCCUGUCACUCACCCUCACAUCAUCAGAGUGCAAACCAUGUAGUCAGCCCUGUGGGUCUCCUGGUGCCCAGCUCACUGGCCAGUCUCCUGCUUUCACUGGGAGAGGAUCUUCCUCCUCUCUGUCGCCCUCCUCUGUCGCUGAAGAUGUCUUCUUUGAUAACACCUGUGACCAGGAUGCAUGUUCAGUAGUCAGUGACUACGACUGCCUUGGUGUGGAAGUGGGCAGCAGCGUGGAGGACCUGAUGGGAAUCAGCUCCUCGUUCAAAGACUCUGAUUACUUCAAAGACUUGGAGGGAGGGAUAUCAGCCACAGUUCCAGAAAACAGAGCCCCACAUGACUCAAAGAUUUCAUCCAUCAACAAACGUGUACAGACUUCUCUGCCCACACUCUUCUCUCGGGUCAAUGCACCCUCACUGCCUUGCUACACACAUCCUGAAGAGGAACCCCACUGCAACUUUGUGGUCACUCAGCUCAGCCCUAAGUUACAUCCAGGUUGUAUUAUCAACAGCAGUGACUCCUCAGGUCUUGCAGUCGGGCUUAGUCUGACCAUAAAUCUGAAUGGACUGUUGGAAUCAGUGGAAACAGCAAAGGCAAAAACGGUAACAGACUGUGUAACGACACCAACCACAAUGGAUUCUGAGGGAGAGCCAGAUGAGGACAGCUUUCCUAUCCUGGUCAGAUCCAUGUCGACAUCUCGAAGGCACAGCUUGGGUGUUCCUGUGUCCCCCAUUAACCUGGGGAGGAGACUGAGUCUGGAUACCAUGGCCAUGAACAGCGACGGGGAGCGAGAGGAUGACGAGGAGAGACAGAAUAGUCUCUUCCAGUCCACCCAGCAGCAGACCUACAACUGCACAGCAUGUCCAGUGGACGAAACAGACAGUCCCUGGGUGAGGGUCCCCCGUCCCAGAGCCAGCGUCACUCAAAUGGCCAGCGGUUCACCUGGCAGACAUCUGUAUUCCCGCUCAGAAAUCCUCGCCUCAGACGAAUAUCCCCAAGCAGCACACAUUUCCCACGUUGUCCAGACGUCCAAACAGGCCGCAAGGGCAGCGGGAGCGGAGGAGUUUGACCCAGAAGAAAAUCUUCAUUCUACUGAUGGACAGAGCCAUAUGCUGAUGGUACAGAAAGUUCUGCAGGAGCUAAGGCAGUACCACGGAGUCAAGCAGAGGAACAACAGAUCAGAUGUCAAAGAAUCAGAAAGUGUCACUUGGUACGAGUUCCUCUCUCAUAAGAAUGAGGAAGAGGAGGAUCGUACAGAGAAGGUGGAGAAAGGCACCAAGGUGAAGAGGACUCUGAGUUCUUUGAGGAACAGAAUGGCUGGUUCCUUCAAUAAAGAUAAGGGUAAGAACCGAGAAAAAGAUCCGCAGAAGGAGAAGGAAGCCAAAGACAAAUUGUGUGGCAGCAGCAGCAGCAGCAACAGCAGCAGCAGCAGCAGCAGUGGACAUUAUUUGGUGCCAGGCGCUUUUUCCAGCUGUGCCACCUGCUCACUGUGUAGCAAGAGCCUGCAGAAAAGGCAUGGCCUGCAAUGCAUGAACUGUGCUGUGAACGUUCACAAGAGCUGCAGGUCUCUGCUGGGUGAGUGCACCAGCAGCAAAAAUAAGAGAGAUUCUCUUCUGAAGCCUGGCUCAUCAGGAUCUCCUUACCCUGCACUGAAAGACUGGGGCAGAGAGCAGACCCUGACAGGUCCAGUCUCAUCACAUACCUUGGAUGGCCUCCCAGGUUUUCUGUGCACCCCAGGCAUGACCAUUAGUCAAUGGGGACCUAACAAUCAACUGACUGUCACCUCAACCACCAGCUCUACUGCUGCAUCUACCUCCAACUUUGACCACACUCUCCAUCACCAUAACAGUUCAGGAUCCCUCCUUGGGGAGAUGGAUGAGACUGAUUCUCUCCGCUCAAAACGCUGCAACGAAGAUGCCAUUUCCCUUGCUCCCUCCACUACUGAGUCCAUUAUUGUAGAAGAUGCUCACUAUGCAGCAGUGCGGGCAGAUCUGGAGUCUGACGCCCAGGACCUGGAUGCAGAGUCAUGGAGUGUGGUUGUUGAUCAACAGUUUGCGAAAAAGCACUCCAAACAAACUGUUAAAAGACAGGAUGUGAUUUAUGAGCUGAUGCAGACGGAAAUGCACCAUGUGCGAACGCUGAAGAUUAUGCUGCGUGUUUACUUGCGGGAGUUGAAGGACAACCUCCAGAUGGACUCCAGCAGGCUGGACUGCCUGUUUCCUCGCUUGGAAAAUCUCCUGGAACUUCACACACAUUUCCUGUCUUGUCUAAAAGAGCGGCGACGAGAGAACCUUGUCUUGCCAAGCAACAGGAACUACACUAUCAACAGAGUGGCAGACAUUCUGAUCACACAGUUCUCAGGUGAAAUUGGAGAGAGGAUGAAGGACAGCUACGGAGAUUUUUGCAGUCGCCACACUGAGGCUGUCAACUUCUACAAAGAACAGAUGCAAAACAACAAAAAGUUCCACAACAUCAUACGGAAAAUCAGAAACCUGUCCAUUGUGCGGAGGUUAGGAGUGACUGAGUGCAAUCUUCUGGUGACCCAACGCAUAACCAAGUACCCACUGCUAGUGGAGCGAAUUCUGCAUAAUACUGAAGCUGGAACAGAAGAGUAUGAGGAUUUGACUCAAGCUCUGGGUCUAAUCAAAGAAACCAUCGUUCAGGUGGACACGCUGGUUAAUCUCUAUGAAAAGACAACUCGACUCCGAGACAUACAUAACAAGAUGGAACCAAAAGCAAUGGGAAAAAUCAAAGAUGGCCGAGUGUUUCGCAGGGAGGACCUGGCACUGGCCAGGAGACGACUUCUUUAUGAGGGCAUCGUCACAUGGAAAGCUGCUUCUGGCAGACUCAAAGAUAUUCUUGCAGUGCUUCUGACAGAUGUGCUGAUAUUGUUACAAGAGAAGGACCAGAAAUAUGUAUUUGCUUCAGUAGAUAACAAGCCGUCAGUGAUCUCUCUUCAGAAGCUGAUAGUCAGGGAAGUGGCCCAUGAGGAGAAAGGCAUCUUUCUUAUCUGUGCUUCCUCCAAUGAGCCAGAGAUGUACAAGAUCCACACCACUUCCAAGGAUGAGCGAAACACUUGGAUGACACGCAUACGACAAGCUGUUGAGAGCUGUCCUCAUACAGAAGAGAGGCUAUUCAGUGAGGAGCAAGAGGCCAGAGCUUCCAGGUUCAAAGAUUUUCAAGAUCGGCUAAGCCAGAAGGAUGCCGUAAUUGUGCAGGCUCUCACUGAGAAGCUGCAGCUGUUUGCAGACAUGGCAGAGUCUGUGGCAGGUCUGGAGGACGCAUCCUUGCGGUGUAGGCUUCUGCUUCGAGGAGACGCUUCAGACCUCCAGCAGGGGGAGGCCCUGCUCAAAGGAGCUCUCACUGAGGUGGAGAACCUCCAGAACCUGCUGCAGUCUCACAUGAGGGAGGAGGCUUCAGUCUCUCAAUUGGAGGAAGGAGCUAUCUCUGGGGUUCUGCCCAGGCGAGCAGACACUUUUGGGGGCUAUGACAGCAGCCCCACCAUCCUGAGUAAGAAUGGCAGUGUGAAGAAGAACCUUUGUGGCGAGUACAGAAACAGAGACAGAAGCCAGAGAGCCAGCUCUGACCCUCAGCUCAAAGACCUUCGUGGUAACCACACCCAGGAGCAGACGGUUGAUGAGAGCACAUGGUCUCUGGGUAGAUGGAACCGUGUCUGGUCCAACUCCUUCCCUGAGGCUGAGUUCUUUGACAGAGUGCUGAUACUCUCCCAAAGCCUCUAUAGUCUGCAGGCGGUCGUAUCACAGCAGGACAGUCAGAUCGAGCUACAGCGGGCCUCCUUGACUGAGCAGGCCUCUCUGCCCGGCCGCCACAGAGGGAAUGUCCUCCUGGAGCAGGAGAAGCAGCGGACUCUGGCCCUACAGAGAGAAGAACUGGCCAGCUUUCACAAACUACAGUCUCAGCACCAGCAAGAGCAGCAGCGCUGGGAAAAGGAGCGGGAGAGGCACCGGCAGCAAGUCGAGGCCACGGAGGCGAAGCUCCAUCAAAGAGAGGAGGAGUGCCGACAGUUGGAGGAACAUCUGACAAAAGAGAGGGAGGAGCUCGACCGACAGAGGGAGACAUACCAGCAAGACCUGGAGCGACUGAGGGAGUCUACCAGGGCUGUGGAGAAAGAAAAGGAACGUCUCGAAAAUCAGAGGAAGAUCAAGAGGAAGACCAUUGAGGUGGUUCCUCUGUCUGGUAGUCUGAAUGGGGAGCUCCUCAUGUCCUCUGGCCUCACCAGCUCCACCAGCAUCCCCGACCUACCUCCGAAGCCUUUGGUGCGUGCCAGCCUGUCUGUAGCACCAGCGGACUAUCCAGAGCGCCCUGAAGUGUCGCUGCGGCGAGAAACGAGCGCUUCCACUCUGCCCCUGAAGACGGAAGUGCCACUUCAUCUCUUCAGCACCACCAACCAGCAGCACAAACUGGUCGGGGUGCAGCAGCAGAUCCCGACCAAGCUCGCCGCCUUCAGCAGUGGCAAAGGGAAAGUAGCCAAAAGCGGCAAAGCUUCACAUCGCACUGACAGCACAGCCUCAGUAGAUAUGAAGCAGAUGCUGCCAUUGAAGCUGUCUGCCCGAGAUGAAAACUCCCUCAAGGCCAAGCGCUCCAUCAGCCCCCACCAGCAGCUCUCGUUGUCAACCCUGCAUCUCCACGCAGAUCAACUGAGUCCACCAGACACUCCCGGACCAGACAGCCAAACCACCGUCAGCACCUCUCACCCUUCAAUUCCUCCAAAGCCCGUCAUGCCUCCCGCACAGUCCCAUUCUCAGCCCCCCAGCGUUCCUCCCCACUCCCAGAGUACUGGACUUCUCCAUUUCCAGUCCCACGUGCAGCCACAGGGAGUCAGUCCAAACUCACAGGCUCAUGUCCAGGUAAAUCACGGGCUCAGCCACAGCCAGAGUUUGACACCACCGUUUAAGAUCUCCUCAGAAGACCUCAAUAAAGAGGACGUCAUCUUUUUCUAAACUCCAGUCUGCUACCCUCACAACAAGCACUGAUUAAAAGAAAGAAAUAUAUGGGAUGGAUAUUGAUCCCCAAUCAACCUCAAGGUCCGUUUCAUGGAGACACGAACACUUUAUAUUCAGUGUCGGCAUAUGAUUCACUCAUGUCUGACUGACUUUCUGAAGCCUGUUGCAGAGAACAGAGAGUUUCAGAGCCUCUUUGUCUCACACAGAAAGAAAAUAAUCACAUUUCAUUAAAAAAGAAAAAAAGAGGACGUGCUGUUAAAAAAUGUUUUUAAUUAAAUAUGAAACAGGAACCUUUGGCAAACCAAAGGCUUCUUGUAACGCAUAUGAAAAGGUCUCAAUGAAGUUAUUACAAUCCAAAGACAUUCACUGUAAGAGCUUGAGGUAAAUACAACUGAAAGGAAUAAAUGUCGCCUGCAUUUCAGAAGACUCUGGUCCGGCUGAAGUAUAAACAGUACAGUAUGAACUGGAAGAUGCUGCGAUAGAAUCCUGGUCCUAAACCACAGGAACUCAUUCAGCAGGAGUGUGGAAGGACUCGGCACUGUCCGUUUGACAUUUCAUUUGCACAGUGUAACUACUGCAUUCCAGACUGGUGAAUGAUCUUUUAAUGAAGUAUUGUUAGUCGGCAUGAAGGUUCGUUUGGUUUACUUUUCUUGUCUUAUUUGUGAUGAUUGCAGCAGUCGGUGGAUUACAUCUUUAAGCGUUGCUAGUUGUUGUGAAACCUGCCAUGGAUUUGGUCCACAGACAGUUUCAGGCCAUUGUGAAAUCAUUUAAAUUAAGGGAUCGUUUGUGAUAGUUCGGUGCUGUUUUUUUUUUCCAGCCCAACCUGAGUGAGACUAACUCAGCGAUGCCUUUCAUGUCUGUCGGUUUAAGUUACUGUAGAUCUCAUUCUGCAUUUAAUUUUUUACAAACACUUGGGGUUAAUCAUUAAUUGUCAUACUUUUAUUUCUGUGACUUUGGCUCUUUUAUAAUACAGAUUGUGUAUUUUUAAUAGAGAAACUUUGCAAUGUGAGUUUCUGUACAUUUUGAGUAGUUAAUUUAAAGUUUUAUGGUUCAUGUUCUGGACUAACACCCGGUCAGUGAAGUAAUUAUCGCUGUGUUUGGCAUCAUUAUCAUUCUGUAUUGGCACCAGAAAGGUCUCAAUGAGUUUGUCGCACCUUGGGUUACAUUUCCCAAAAACUGUCCCUUUUUUAAAGAAAAAAAGAAUCCUCAGGACACACAUGUGAUUGCAUUUCAGUGAGACUGUAGUACACUGUACAUGUCAUGAUAUUUCAUGUUGUUUUCAGGGUAAAACACAACUAUCAGAGAAGAAGAACAAAGAAAAUCUGGGGUUAAUAGACUUUUAAAACAUGAUGACAAUAAUCGUAUAAUGUUAAAAUACUCUCAAGUCCACCAUUCUACUAUAAAAUGAUUUGUUUUUGCACUAGUUUCCCCAAUUGCUAUUAAGAGAAGUCACACAAUGACAAUAAGGUCUAAAUGUGCAGUCAUUCUGCACAGUGUUCACAUCAGUUCAUGCCUCACACUCAUAGGAGGGAGUCGUGUGUCCGUGGGGCUCGUUUUGCCAAGUGGACAAUUUUAAGCUUGUAUGUCUUUGAGAUAUAUAUGAAGAUGUCAUUUUUAAUUGAGCGCCUUCAUUUUCUAAUUGACGAGUGUGUUUUAUUGAUCGCCGAUGACAUUUCUGAGUCUUAAAUUUCUGUGCCUGACAGAAAGGCAAUACUGUGAUGGUACAGUGGUCCUGCUGCAAAAGGACCAUCAGCUGUUGUUUAUGAUUUCACUCCUCGUCUUUUCUUUCCAGAUUAAAUAUGUGGAUGACCAUGCUUGGAAUUUUCCUCUAUAUGUAUGUGGGAUUACUGUAAAUCCUGGAGUAGCUGACACGUUCUUGUGUUCUGUGAGGGGGAAAAGAUCAGAAGAGCUUUUCGUCUUUGUCCAAAUAAGGUGUGAUCACUACCUGCAGUUUGAGUGGGUUUCCUGAGUGUUGAUGUAUAUUAUGUAUAUUGAUGUACAUAUUGUACUUAAUCUCUUCUGCGCUGCGCUGUUUCUCCAUUAUACUUAGAAUGAAAUGUUUUACAUGAUUUGAGAUGCAUACGGCCAAUAUUCUGUGUGAACAUGUAUAGACGUUUAUAGAGACACAAUGUACUACACUGUAUGUCUUACUCGGAAAAGCACGCAGCAGUUCAUGAAACCACAAUCAGUCAUUUUGCGAUGUAUAAAUCAACUAAAAUGUGUGUAUGUGUUUAUUUAAUCUCCUGAUGUUUGUGUCGAUGUCGUAGCAUUGAAGUCGAGGUGCACAGUCUGUAUUUGUUUAGUGAAUCAUGAGUAAAUAUUUCACCCAAGAUUAUGUAGCAGUCGUCAAAGAAAAAAAACACCCGAAAACAUCUGUCGUUUCAGAUUGUUAAACCAAAGAGACGUUGAGCUGGCUGGCUUUGUUUCUGUGCUCGCAUAUAUGAAGGAGAAGUGACUCUGCGCUGGCUGUGUGGUCGUCCACAAAGUGUUAUUACUUGUGAAAACAUCCUCUAGGGAGUGUCCAUAACAAGUGUGUUUACAGCACAUGGCAGUCCAGUUCAUAUCCGGCUUCAGGUCUAAUCUGUGAGUUUCCUGUUUGAUCACAAAGGUCUUUUCAUACACAGGUAAACAUACAUGUCAUUUUACUUAUUACACAAACAAAUCACACAGGUACAGUAGUGUACUGUCUCAUAAUGGCACAUCCUGAUAAUCUCCUUCCAUAAUUUCAACUGUAUAUGAGUUCAACUAACUCUGUUAAUGCGCAUGUGAACGUAAUUUGAAAAAAACAAUUUAAUAACGCAAUUAUGAAUAGGUUACAAGCUUUUUUUCAGCCAAGCGUUCUACCAUCUCACACAGUCCAGUCGGUGUGAAAAGUUACAAGUCUAGAAAUUGAUUUCAAUAAAAUUUUGAAAGCUUAUAGCUCUUAUAGCUAGGAGAAAACUCCAUCCAGGUUUGAAGCUUUAAAAACAAGCAGUAAUUUAACCUUUAUUUUGUACUUUCAAGUGUCUCUCACACUGAAUGAUAUGUGAGACGACAGUAAAUCUAGUUUUGUUCUCCUGUUGUGAGACUUUUUAACUGCUGAUUAUGAACCGGUUACGCGGUCCGGUUAUGGACCGUGUUGGUGCCGCUCUUUGGAUCAAGUCCUUGAUGUUUUUUAUGUCUUUGUGUCGGUGUGAAAACUUUGAAGCCAGUCAGUCACAUCACUGUGUGUUUGUGUGUGCACUCCUCCAAAAACACAGCAACAAACAUUUCCAACCUUGUUUCCGAUCUGUGUUUUCAUCCAUACACACACACACACACACACACUCUCUAAUAUGCACAUAUUGGACCUGUAAUGUGUAAAUGAUCAUGAAUAUAUUUUAUUUCCUUGGCCAAUUUUACACUAGUCACUUUGGAUAGUAGCAUACUUGAAGGGGGAAAAUGAAUGUUUUGUAAUGCUUUUUGUUGUUAUUGUUUGUGAACUUUUAUUUACCGAGAGCUGCCUAAUGACAUUUGUAGCACGUGGCAUUGAUUUUUGUACUGUUUUUAUUUGAUUCACUGCAAGACAUUAGAACAAUCUGUGGACACAAACUGCUGCCUUAGAGAGAGUUUAGUUGUUAUAAUAAAAAAAAAGUCCUAAAAUAA